AUGGGGAGCGCGCCUCUUCAGUUGCUUAAACGCAAGCGAAGCGACAAUCACGAGAUCUUCACCGUUAUUGACGAGCCUUCGGCGAAACGUCUCCAAUCGUCUAAUCAACCACCGCUGACCGAACUUAAUGGGAGCAAUGUUGCGAACCUGCCAACGCCGCCUAGUCAAGAUGAAGCCUGUCAUGAGUCGGCACCUUCGGCACCUUCAAAGACGAAUGUCGCAUCAAAGUCUACUACUACGCAGCGAACUACCCACGAACAAGAGAACCCUUCCAAACGCGCCAGUCUUCCUCCGAAACCAGCGAACAUAGAUAUAAAUGUCUUGCGCCAGUCGUUGGAUGCCCAGCUGAGUUUGGAGGUUCUCUUGAAGCAUAACGAGCUUCGUCUUAUCGACCAGGAAAUCGCAAAGUGCCAGGUGGCGUUGGAGCAACUUCGUCGAUGUGCUGAGGUUCCCUAUCCCGGUUCUAGUGUCAACGGCAUUUCGCAGUCUGUGAGCAAUGGUUCAGGGUUUGCAGUACCUUAUUCAGGAACUGGUCCGCCMCCCGCCUCUCCUGCACCUUGGGGUGUGGCUGACGGUCCUUAUUCUCGACACUACGCCAAAUGGUUGUUGCCUGAUUCUCGUUUUGAUGGCGGCGAAUCGCUCGACUUACCGCCUUCCAACGCCUCGUCUGCCGAAUCACGUUACACUCGCGGAACGUUUACCGAGAACGGUUAUGUGGCAGGAAAAUCACGGGCUCAGCGCGGCAGUAUGAGCACUAGGCUCGCGGCUUUACCGAAUGGUUAUCCCGUGGUUAAGGAGAAAGCCGGCCCGAUGGUAAUCAAGCGGAAGAGCGAUAACAAGCAAGUCAAGCUGGUGUGUCUGGACUGUCGACGUUUCGAUUUCUCCAGCACCCAAGGAUUCAUCAAUCACUGCCGUAUAGCGCAUAGCCGUACCUUUGCCAGUCACGAUGCCGCAGCCGAGGCGUGUGGAGAGCCGGUAGAUGUCGACGAGGCUGGAGCUAUUAUCGGCGGUACUACACCAAAUGAACCGCCUGUUGUUGUCAACCCUGGGUCUGUGCAUCCUCUGAUUCGAACGGCACAUACUAUCGAGAAGACAGUCGCUCCUUUGUGCAGUGAGACGCCAAAGGUAGCGAGACUGAAGAAGGGCCACAGCGCGACUUCUUCGUCUCCCUUUAAAGCUUCACCUGCUACGCCUCAUCUUUCUUCCAUGUUAGCCGACCUUGGCUCAAAGCUAAACUUGGAUCAGAUUGUUGGUGAUGCGAAGACUACAGUCGACUUGAGCGAGUUCAUGUCGGAAGGCGAAUCCGAGGACGAGGACGCUUCUGAGGAACCACAAGUUGGUACAGGCGCAAGGUUACCUGCUCGCACAACCAUGCCGCAAGCUGCCAGCCAACGACCCACCAGUAGCAAGCGACAUGAGAUGCCCAUGUCUCGGGACAUGGACGUUUCCACGCCUACGAAAGUGUCUCAUGCACCUGUGCAGUAUCAGACUUUCUUGCCUAGUGCGUUGCCUUUGGAAGAGUCGGGCGCUACGGAUUUGAUGCACAUGGAUGACAACCUCAGUCCUGUCACCGUGGAGUCUCAUCAGGCACCCAGUCUGGUCAGCGAUAACGAGGACGACGAGUUUGAAGCAGCUUCAGAUUCGGACAACUUUAGCUCCAGAUCAUCUGAUGAUGGCCAUGACGACGAGGAAGACGAAGACGACAUCGAGGUUGAGGACGACGAAGCUUCGACGACUUCUACAAAGACCACGCAUGAAGUGACCAGCUUUAGGCGGAAUCAAGACAAGAAGCGCGAUCGAGUUCUUCCACCUGCAAUCGUGUCGUUGAAUCCGGGCGGUAAACGUCAGAAUUCAAAGUCCAAGAAAGCUGGCAACCAGAAGAAGGGCAAUUAA